AUGCCACUACUACUCCCGAUUCAUGCGCUGCCUCUGGCUGCUGCUGGGACCCACUCCCAGCUGGACAGGCUGGACCUUAUUCCUACCCCCGGCAACCAGCGCAUCGACUGUGGCAACGCUACCACUACCCAAGCCCAGUGCGUCACCAGCGGAUGCUGCUGGAGCCCUCUUGGUCCCACCGACAUUCCCGGCCCGACAUGCUACAAGUUCCUGUCGCCCGUUGACACCGGUUGCCCCGCCACCCCUGUUGCCAAGUGGUACCGCAUCGACUGUGGUGAUGCCUCGACCACCCCUCUUGGAUGUAUCGACAGCGGCUGCUGCUGGGAUACCACCGCCCUUGGUACUGGACCCAACUGCUACACCAAGCAAUCCGGUCUCCCGGCCUCUCCUCCUCCUCCGAUCCCGACUCCUCCUCCUCAAGACCCCAACACCGGCAACUACUCGGUUCUGUACAUUGGCGCCACCGUCCCGAUCCAUCUGUACGUUGCCCCCGUCAGCAACAAGGUCAUCCUCCUUGAGCGUAUCUUUGGUGGCGUGUUGAAUACCACUCACUCCUAUGAGCUCGAUGUCACCACCGCGACCGAGCGCCCGCUCCACGUCAUCACCGACAUUUUCUGCUCCGCCGGUGUCAUUCUCCCUGUUCCGGCCGCAACCCUGAUCAAUACCGGUGGCUGGUCCGAUGUUGCCCUCUACGGUGUCCGUGCCUUCAACCCCUGUGGCUCCAACGGUGUCUCGGGCACUUGCGACUGGGUCGAGAACAACCAAAUCUCCAAGCUCCAGGUUCCUCGCUGGUACCCCGCCUCGAUCACUCUGUCGAACGGACAGCUUGUUGUGAUGGGAGGUUUGACGGCCCAGAACGUUGCCGGCGGUGUCAACCAACCGACCUAUGAGUUCCUGCCUCCCAACGGCCCUCACAACGGUCUCCGCACCAUGCAGCUCCUUGUUGAUACCAACACCUUCAACUUGUACCCCAACGCCCAUAUCAUGCCCGACGGCAAGGUCAUGGUUAGUGUCAGGGACGAGCACCAGCUCUUUGACCAGGACUUCAACCUCCUUUCGGCCCUCCCCAACAGCCCCCGCGAAGUCGUUCCCAACGGCGGUCGCACCUACCCGAUGACCGGCAUGCACGCCCUGCUCCCUCUCGAUCCCGCCAACAACUACGCCGCCAAGUACCUUGUCUGCGGUGGUGGCUCGGACUUCCCCAAGACCUCGCCGGCCCUCAGUUCGUGCACCACCCUCGACUACAACUCGCAGAGCUGGUCCGCCCUUGAGACGAUGCCGAUUCCCCGUGUCAUGGGAGACAUGGUCACGCUUGCUGACGGCACUGUUCUGAUGAUCAACGGUGCCCAGCAGGGAUCUGCUGGCUUCAACCUGUCGCAGAUCUGCGCGUCCACGGCCCUCCACUACGAUCCCACCAAGGCUUUCGGCCAGCGCAUCACCGUUGGCGGCACCACCAAGCUGUGCCGUCUCUACCACGCCCUUGCUGUCCUCCUUCCCGACGCUCGUGUCCUGAUUGCUGGCUCGACCCCGAACACCGACUCGAACGGUGUCCCGCCCUAUGUCACCUAUCCCGCCGAGAAGACUGUCGAGAUCUACACCCCGGCUUACAUCAACAAGGCUCCCCGUCCCGUCAUCUCGCCCUUCACCAGCGACUCCCGCAUCUGGAAGUACAACACCCAGUACUCGUUCGCUUCCACUCUUCCCUCCGGUAACACCGGUACAUUCCGUGUUUCCCUCGUUCAGGAUCAAUUCGUCACCCACUCGAACCACAUGGGUCAGCGCUAUGUCUAUCUCACGGCCACUUAUGCCAACGGCGUUGUGACGAUCACCACCCCUCCCAACUCGUUCGUCCUUCCUCCUGGCUGGUACAUGAUCUUUGUGCUCGACAACGGUGUCCCGUCUGUUGCCGAGUGGGUCCUGGUCGGCAACGAGGUCAUCGAUCCCUCUGUCACCGCCUGGGUCGCUGGUCUGGAUCCCAGCAACAACAUCCCCCUCUAA